AUGAUUCACGUCCCGGAUAGAAAACCUGGCGCUGUUGAUCGAUACAUUAUGCUAGAUUUAGAUCGUUUUGAACGAGCUCAUAAGCCACCUGCCACUGUAGUUCUGAUAUCUGGCGAUAUCGAUUUUGUCGGCAAGCUGAGCGAUUUGAGGCAUCACGCAGGCUUUAACGUUAUAGUUAUUCACAAUCAGCCAGCAAAAUCCGAGCUGAAAGCGACAGUCAAUGCCCAUUACGACUGGUCAAUGUUUACCGGAUCUGCACAGGUGGUCACACAACCGUUCGUUCCUCGAACUACGUAUAAUCAACUAGGUGCUCCAUUUCCGCGGUUCGCUGUUCUACCGACGAAUCAACCUCCACCAAAUCGUCUUCCCCUACCGCCCUCCCAUUGGUUACCUCGUUCACGAUUAAAUAGACCAGACAGCCAAGGCUUGUGGUCAAGCCCCGAGCCAAAAUUCCAACAGCCACGGCGUUCAAAUUCUAGACAACGCCGCCCGUCUCGACCUCAGCAAGAGCAAAAAGUACACGACUGCCCAGAAUGUCACGAUGAAUUUGGAUCUAUCGACGCGCUCCGUCAACAUCAAAAUGCUACGGAGCACCUUUUCGACUGUCCAAAAUGUCCAAAUCGAUUUUUCACCUUCGACGGUUUACUGCAGCAUAUGAAAGCCAAACACGGCGAUGACCUGAGUGAUGAUUCGCAGACAUGUUCAUGGUGUAAUGCAUCAUUCAACAGUAUUCCAUCACUGAUUCAGCAUCAAAGAGAUAGACAUGACUCUUGGAAUACUCGACCAGAAUCCAGUGAUAACGAAGAGGACUAA